AUGGCCUCUAACUCACCCUACACAGACCCUACGCUUAACGAAGAUGCUUUCGAUGCCCUCCAUGUACCGCAUUUCCGGACCAUUGACAACCCUCCUGCAGCCCCGACUGGCUCACGCUCCAACAAAGACCUUCCCGGAAGACCAAGCCGUCUUCUUCCACCCCCGGAUUCCACCACAAUGGGCGAUGAGUCCGGCGACCCGUUUGAAGAAUCGACCAUGGAUGACUCCAAGGUCACCGUUGCCGCAGAGCAGGCCCACCUACUUUCUACUCCUUUGAAGAAAAAGCCGGUGAAGCCCCGUAGGGAUGGACCACUUUUACCUCAAGUAUCUCAGCUCACUGGUAUUGAGGAAUACCUUGGGCUAGCAAGGCCCCUCCCGGAUCAAGAGAAAGCAAUCUCUCAUGUUAUGGAGGACAAACUUCAAAAAUCCAUAUCAAGAGAGGAGCCCAAAUCUUCGCCGCCUGAGCAGCUUGUCCCUUCGUCAGGCUUAGGCAACCUAUCUUCUUUCCUGUCGACGCGAGGCAUCGUAGAUUCUUCGGUUCCAGUCUCCAAUAGUGCCUAUUUCGCCCAGGCAGAGAUAAAGAAGCCGGAAGGGAAAGAGCCACCACAAUCUGCCUCUACAUCUACAUCUCCCGAAACUAUCCUCAACAUCAUACCUCCACCAGUUCCGUCCAGCCAGCCUCUCCCUGAAAAGCCCACAUGCUUCCUUUCAACAAACCUCUUGAAGACUCGUCUGUCCCACGUCCGACAACUUGACAGCAGCUCAAGCUUCAGACUCGUCUACCGAGACUACGAUCCAAAGUCACCGGAAGCCGACAUUAUCAUCUCACCAAGAACAGGAAUCAUCUUGACUUCUGCGCACACGUUGACUCAAAAAUACCUCCCGGGAGACAAAGGCUCACGAGCAGAUAUCAAGUCCCCAGUCAUGGAGCGCAUCUACCAAACCACACCCCACUACGAGACGAUGUACAUCUUCAUCUGCGUACUUUCAAACAAGGCAGACGAACAGAUGCAAGAUGCGGUUACUAAUCUGUCAUCAUUUUGCACUUCUCUCGACGAGGAGACGACCAUCAUUCCCAUGAUUGUCUCUGAAACUGACGGGGCUGUAGCAGGCUGGAUCGAGUACCUCGCUUAUACUGAGCUUCCAUCAAUGAUGCCGGCGAUACGGCCAGUGCGAUCACAGGAGACGCGGUGGGAGGUUACACUCCGUGGGUAUGGACUUAACCCUUUCGCUGCGCGCCUGGUUCUGGACAUGGGUAUGACGUUGGAUAGCUUCAUUGAGAUGAGCAAUGAGAAGCGCCUAUUACAAUACAAAGACCUACUCGGUCAGCGAGUUCUACGGCGAGUCGAAACAGCCAUCCAGAGAGACAAGAGCUAG